CACAACAACAAACGCGCGCGAUCCACCGCCCCGCUCCGACCUCUCACCCCAGUGCCGGUUGCGUGUGCAGUGCCACCACGUGAGCCCGUCCUCGGGGCCGCUAUGUGAAUCAGUCUUUGUGUCUGCUCCCGCUGGAGCCAUGGCGCGUCAUCGCGUAGCGCGCAAAAUGAAAUAGUAAGAGUAUCAGGUUACCCCCGGCAUGAGGUCGGGGGAGGGCGAGGGCUCGGAGCUGGCGGAGUUCGGCGCGCGCUGGCCGCCGCCCUACGCGCAGGGCUACGGCUGGCGCUCCGCCACGCCGCAGCACCCGCCCGCGCACCAUCUCGCGCGCCACUCGCGCUCGCAGCAGUGGUUGCAGGACAACCGCCACACCAGCUACGAGGCGGAGGACGCGCGGGCGCGCGCGCGCGGCGGCGUGUACUACUCGCCGCCCGGCACUUCCUACACCAUUGUGGAACGACCUGCCUCCUCACAUGGUCACCAUGCGCCUUAUUCGCAGCACCACUACCCGGGGAAACUCUCCCGGACUCCUUACCUUGGUUCUUCUACGAUAGCUAACAGUGCAGGAGCAACCAGUCUACGCAACAGUACAAACCACCUGAGCGCAAAUGGCAAGAAGCGCCCCAUAUCGCCGGAGCAGGUUCUCCGGUUGUUCGGGCAAGGGGGAGCGGCGGCGCUGGGCAAGGCGCUGCCGCCCUCGCACCCGCCAGCGCCGCUGCCCGCCCCGCUGCCAGCACCUCUACCCGCCAGGCGGCACUCACCAGCCAGCAGCCCAAGCAGCACAACACAUCAUGCGAUCUAUCGAGGCGAUCGAGAGAGGGAGCGGCCGUACUCGUCAGGGGGCGCGCCGCCGCCGCCGGUGGAGCCCUCUACGCGUACCGUCACCAUGAGCAGGGACCCGGCAGAUUCGCAUGGCUUCGGCAUCUGCGUUAAGGGCGGGAAGGAAGCAGGAGUGGGUGUGUACAUAUCGCGAGUGGAAGAGGGCUCGGUGGCGGAGCGCGCAGGCCUGCGGCCCGGGGACUCCAUCCUGCAGGUCAACGGGACGCCGUUCUCGGGCAUUUCACACGAGGAUGCUCUUAAAAUGCUAAAAUCCUGCCGGCAGUUGACGAUGGUGGUGCGGACAGCUGGCGCGCUCGUAGGCAGAGCCUCAUGUUCGUGGAUGGAUCGGUAUGGAAGACCAGCAUCGCCGCCGCCCCAACGGCCGAUACGGUCUGCUUCGAAAGAUCGUUCAAUACGAAGGGUGGAUCUUUGUAUUGAACCGGGCCAAUCCCUGGGACUGAUGAUACGCGGAGGCCUGGAAUACAACCUGGGAAUCUACAUCACAGGGGUGGAUAAGGACUCAGUAGCAGAUCGAGCAGGACUUAUGGUGGGUGAUCAAAUCCUGGAAGUGAACGGGCAAUCGUUUGUCGACGUGACGCACGAUGAAGCGGUCGCGCAGCUCAAGUACCACAAGAGGAUGUCACUCCUCGUGAGGGACGUUGGGAAGGUGCCCCAUGCGUGUACGGCGUAUGGAGAACGUGAUGCAGUACCUAAGAUAAGCGGUUGGGGGAAAAGAAGAGGUGCGGCAGCGACGGCCGUGGAGCAGAAAGCUAAGUCGUUGCUGCCGCAAAGCGAUAUUCCAGCGCUCGCCUACUACAUGGAGGAAUAUGUGUCGAGGCGGCUAACUCCUGACGCCUUCCUCACCGUGCUGCGAGAUCUACUAGACACACAACAAAAAUAUUCGCUGCUAACGGAAAUCCGGGAGUUCAUGCUUCCGGAGGACCGGCCGCGCUUCGACGAGCUCGUGUAUCGCCGCCCUGAAGAUGGGGCGGAGCAUCAUAUAAAGCGCGGCGAGCGACACAUGCUGCCUUCCACCACCAUGCACGAGCUCCACGACCCGGAGGUGCCUGCGGAAGUGCCUCUCGUGGUCGACCACCGCUCGCCUUCCGAAGACUCCGGCUUGGGUCUUCCGCCCCACGACCAAGCUUUCAGGAGCGGCCGGCCUUGGCGCGCCGGGGAGCCGCCACCGCCGGAUGACGAGUUGGAGCCCCCGCCCGAGGAGUACGAAGACGAGAGCCGGUCCAGAAGACAUUCGUCGCCAUGUAACUCAAGGGAGGGCAGCACGACAGCACUUCACACGCAGCAUUACGACGACACUGAUCAGUGCGGCUAUCUCGAGGGACUGCGCUCAUCACUCGGUGGCUGGACGCAGAAAGUAAAAUCAUGGUACUGGGGACGACCUCUAGACAUGGCCCACAAGUUAUCGCGUAGCUUCGACAUGAAAGAAGAAGGUGGUGCAUUACUUGAGGACCGAGGUGGCAUCCGCAGGCACCAGUCCAUGCAGCGACUGCAACAUGGCGAAGCGCAGACGGACGAAGGCAGAGCGGCGAGGGUCGUGCCCGAUCACCAUGGCAACCUGCAAAUUACGGUGAAGAAGACCAAGCCUAUCCUUGGCAUCGCGAUCGAAGGUGGCGCCAAUACUAAACACCCCCUACCAAGAAUUAUAAACAUUCACGAGCAUGGGUCAGCGUUUGAAGCAGGAGGGUUGGAAGUAGGCCAACUGAUACUGGCGGUGGAUGGACAUCGAGUAGAAGGGAUGCAACACCAAGAAGUCGCCCGGCUUAUAGCAGAGUCUUUCGCGCAAAGGGAUAAACCGGAAAUAGAGUUUUUAGUCGUCGAAGCAAAGAAGUCCAACCUGGAACCAAAGCCAACGGCGCUUAUUUUUUUGGAGGCCUAACAUCUACUUUCCCUCCCCGCCAGCGAUCCUCCGGUCGCGCUGGGCAGCGCGAUGUCGGAGGUCGACCUCACCGCGCACACCACGGAAUAGCCAACUCCAACCUGCGCUGCCACAUGCUCUUUUGAACGUCCAGUCGGCGCUGGUCGCUCGUCGCCGACCGCGACACCGAGCUGACGUUAUCCAGCUCUGUGCGACAGCGGUCGCGCGACUAGCGAAGCAGUCCGUCCGAAGACGUUCGCUCUACAGAGGUAUUACGUCAACCAAAUAGAUGAUGAACUUUAACAAAUUCAACUAUUCCUGUCCUGACGUUGCAACGGACUGAAAUGAGAAAAAACGCAGGUAUCCUUAAGUAGGUUAUACGGAAUUAAUGGCACAAGGGAGGCAUUAUAAUAUGAAAAUCUUGUAAAAUAAUAAAUAGCGCAGAAACUUAAAGUAAACCCGAGUACACUGCCCAAGAAAAUUCACGGUUCUUGUAAUAAAACGUCCCACUUUAUGCCACCGGGAUUUUACGGGUAGUAUCAAAAUUUUUGACAUUCUUUUCUAGAAAGUAGAAUUACCAAUUUUACCGGUAGUCUGUGACUGAAUUUUAUAAGAGAUCUCCUAACUUUUAAAGAUUGUAAUUUGUUACAUUUAAAUACUAAAAAUAAAUCACAUUCGAAUAAGUCACAAGAAAAAAAUUUACAAAUAAGCACAUUUGAUACAAUUCUGCAAACUAAAUAGAACAAAAUUAUAAUAGAAGAAAUCGACAUAGAUAGUUGUGCUAAUUUGAAAUAGAUUGGCAUUGGUGCUAUGAACACUGACAGUUCCACAACACAUCGGGUCUCGAAUCGUGUAACCAUACCUAGUAGUUUCGGUAGAGUUCGUCUAGAGCUUACAACUGGCGCAUACAUGCAUUCCAUGUGAUAUUUUCAUGUCACUUGCGUCAUCCAUGUGCCAUCAACGUUGCAAUUCAGCCUCGACUCUGGGGCAAAUCAUUCAGUUCAGCCUGGGGGGAAGCAGUAGGUUCAGCCUCGCGGUAAGCAUUCGGUUCAUCUCAUCACAGGUCGUUGUGCCGACGGUAGUCACUAGAGGAAGCCCUAGGGGCAUCAUCCUUGUCAUCAGUAGAGCAGAGCUUGCAGCACGCGGCGCACUCCUAAGCAAGCUGUACUUAACACUUUGACAUAAAUUUAUUUACAUAAUUCUUCAUAAUUUCAAUAAAAUAUAACGUUUUAAAAGCGUAUGGUAAUUAUUUUCAACAGCAAUCUAUUAAGAAUUUUCGAUCAAUUUAAAGAAUUUUAAUGAAACACUCAAAAUAGGUUGAUUAACAGUUUUGGUUCGGUUCAGUUUGCUUAGAGAAAUGUACGUUAAGUGCGUCAAACAUGUCAUUCCAUUGGUAGUUAAACGGUGAGUUAAGGAAAUUUAUGGCGGAGAGGGAUUUUAGCCCACUCGUUCAUAUACCGGAUAGGUAUGUAGAUUUAAGUGAAUGUGUGCAUUAUAAUCAGUUUUAUGUUAGAUGUUAGUUACAAAUUAAAUUGGCUUUUAUAUUAUAGUAGAUCGUCACAAAUAAAAACACAGUUCAAAAAGUGAUAUUUAGAUGCUUUGUCUUCAUACUAAAAAAAUUAUAAAUCGGCAGAAAAUUCCCAGUCCGUAUAUUAGGUACCUACUAUAUUCAUUAUAGUUUCACUCUUUGAAGAAUGAAUUGGCUAGUUUCUGUUGAUCAAAAGGUUAGUUACACAUCCAAAAGUCUUUUAAGUUCAUUUAUAGAUAU